GGGACUCCGUGACGAUGAUGGGAAGAGAUUGUGUUGGAUGUGCUGAAAGCGUAGGAGAGUCGGAAAUCAAAAGUCUCGUGAUCGCACUAGGUGGUGUCCUGUAUUCGUUUGAGUUCCUCCUUCCUUACUGAGGAUCCUGAAAGGUGUGUUUUUCGUUUCACUCACCGAAUAAAGACGCAGUAACUGAGAUAAUGGAUCAGUCAAGAAACAGGCCGAGUAGGCCACGACUACGUUCACACGGCAACUCUGCUAGAGUGCUCGUGUUUGAAAACGAAACUGAAGAGACUGCCUGCAAUGUGGAGACCGAAACACAUAAACAUCCAAACCUGCCCAAAAUGGAGAGCAAGGAGGCUCCAGUUCGACCUGUGAGUGGAGAGUUAUCAAAUCUAGUUCGUAUGAGAAAUUCUGCAAUUGGAAAAUCAGCUCCUUCUUUAUCUGUUCAUGUGCGUGAUUUUAACAUUCCUCGUCGUACCGCCAAAGCGGUUCAUCGUAAAUCCUUCAUUGCCACUACAUCACCUACUUUACCACGUUGCCAUUCACCUUUGUCAGCAUUCGUCCCGAUCGUAGGCAGUCCCCUAGAGAGUCCUAGGAUGUCAUCUAGUCCACACUUUGCUUUUGCUCCAAUUAAAAGAAUCGGCGGGAGUGCUGCAGGAACUGGUGAUGGCAGACGAUGGUCUGUCGCCAGUUUACCGUCCAGCGGUUAUGGAACAACGCCUGGUUCCAGUAACGUUUCGUCACAAUACUCGAGCCAAGAACGUUUGCAUCAACUGCCAAAUGUUCCCACCAAGGACGAGUUGCGUAUGUUAUCUUGCCACUUUUCAAAGCCUGGGACACCAUGCUCUUCACAUCCGGGCUUUCCAGGUUCUAGCAUAUCUAGUAUUCCGGGUAGCGUGUCGCUUAGUCUUGAAGAAGAGGGUCGUCGAUCGCCGUUACAUCGUCCACGUUCGCAUAGUCUGAGCAGCCCGAGCCGAUCACCUGUCCUUGACAGUGAGAUUGUUAUGAUGAAUACUUUGUAUAAGGAAAGAUUUCCAAAGGCAACGCAACAAAUGGAAGAGCGACUGACCAAUUUCAUUAAUGAGAACAAGGAGAUAGAUGAAUACGAAGUAGUGGCACAUAUGACACAGGAUUCAUUACCAAUUUUACGCUUUGUUCAUCAUCAAGUAAUCGAAAUGGCCAGAGACUGCUUACAAAAAUCUCAGGAAAAAUUAAUUACAACGAGAUACUUUUACGAGAUGAGCGAAAACUUGGAACAUCUAUUGAUGGAAACGAAAGAUAAAUCUUUAGAAGCCGCAACUAGACUGACAGGGCUGAUAAGGAAACUUUUAUUAGUUAUAUCGCGUCCAGCUCGUCUAUUAGAGUGCUUGGAAUUCGAUCCCGAGGAAUUCUACCAUUUACUCGAGCAAGCUGAGGGUCAAGCUAAAAUUAAUGCGGGAAUAAAAACUGAUAUUCCACAAUAUAUUAUUACAAAGCUCUCUUUAAGCAGAGAUCCAAUAUCAGAGUUGCAAGAAGACUUGAACAAAUUAGAGGAUUCGGCGAGUUCGAGCGACAGCAAUCUGCAACUUACAUCAAGUCCAAAUAAAGACGACGACAAGAGUCAGCGAAUUCCAUGUGAGAAUGACUACGAAGUACUGAAGCUUAUCAGCAACGGCGCCUAUGGUGCAGUGUAUUUAGUCAAAGAAAAGACUACGCGACAAAGAUUCGCCAUGAAGAAAAUCAAUAAGAAUAACUUAAUGCUGCGAAAUCAAGUAGAACAAGUGUUUGCUGAAAGGGAUAUAAUGAGCUUCACAGAUAAUCCAUUUGUAGUGUCUAUGUAUUGUAGUUUUGAAACCAAGAAACAUUUAUGCCUAGUAAUGGAGUAUGUAGAAGGUGGUGAUUGUGCAAAUCUUUUGAAAAAUAUCGGUCCACUGCCACCAGAUAUGGCAAGAUUUUAUUUCGCUGAAACUGUCCUGGCUGUUGAAUAUUUACACAGUUACGGCAUCGUACAUCGGGAUUUGAAGCCUGACAAUUUACUUAUCACUGCCCUGGGACACAUCAAGCUUACUGACUUCGGCCUCAGUAAAAUGGGUCUAAUGUCUUUGGCGACAAACCUUUACGAGGGAUACAUCGACCGAGAUACACGACAGUUCUCGGACAAGCAAGUAUUCGGUACACCGGAAUACAUUGCCCCGGAGGUCAUAUUACGCCAGGGUUACGGUAAACCAGUCGACUGGUGGUCCAUGGGUAUCAUAUUGUACGAAUUUCUGAUCGGUUGUGUUCCGUUUUUCGGUGAGACGCCCGAGGAAUUAUUUGCUCACACAGUGAAUGACGACAUCGAAUGGCCGGACGAGGAUGACUGGCCUGUUCAACCUGAGGCUAAGGAUAUCAUAACAGUUCUUCUUCAUCAAAGUCCUAGAGAUCGUUUGGGAACUGGCGGGUCGCACGAAGUUAAGGAACAUCCGUAUUUUUAUGGAGUAAACUGGAACAGUCUACUUAGGCAGAAAGCUGAGUUCGUGCCACAAUUAGUUAACGACGAAGAUACAAGCUAUUUCGAUACUCGUAUGGACAGAUAUAACCACGAUUUAGGCGACGACACAGACGACACCGACGAUUCUCCCUUAUUCGGAUCGUUCUCGUCGUACUCGCCUCAAUCGCGCAAAAUCUCCCAAACGCGACCACCUCAGUUGAAUCCAGACGUGGAAUCGGACGCUACGAAGAAACAGUUGUUCCGUUACGAAUUGGAACGCACGGUGGCUCAGUUGUCGCUCGGUUCUAACGUGUCGUCUGUCACGCCGCCAUCCAAACUGGCCGACGAGAAGCACCGGACACUCUCGUCGAUGAAGAACAGUUCCUGCACCGAGAAUCAAAACAGAACCGACAAAUCAAACGCGUCAACCACGAUCUCGAGCAACGAAUCUCAGCUGACGAUCGUCAAGAAUGCCCAGAUGGAAGGAAUGUCGAUUAACCUGAGCACGCCCGAUUCCUCGCAAACCGAGUCCGAGGACAUUAGCCCGCAGAUCCAGAGAAAACGGCACACGCACUCCCGUGACAAGCUGCCCAGGUUCAGUAUAUCCGUUGAUGAUGAACACAUAUUGGACCUAGCAGCAGCAGCGAACAAGGACGCGACGGAAGAGAGCAAGCACAACUCCAGUACCGACUCCUUCGAGUCCUUCAGCGCUAUACCCAUGUUACCGUCCGCCAGACAGAAGUCCAGAUCCGUCAUCAAAUCCGCGUCGACCAGCGGACUAUCACUGGUUAUCCCAGCCAGCGACUUUCCCUAUGACGCGUCGCUGAAUGCUCAACCCAUCGAGUCACCGGGUGGUUCCUCAACCGCGUCUUCGAGGGACACUUCUCCCUGCCGUGAGCUGAGUCCUCUGGUGAACAAUCUGAAACCGCCCAUUAUUAUCCGACGUGGACCAUGCGGCUUUGGCUUCACCGUGCACACCAUUAGAGUUUACUAUGGCGACAGUGACUUAUAUACCAUGCAUCAUCUAGUGAUGGCGGUCAACCAGUCCAGCCCAGCGUUCGAGGCAGGUUUGAGGCCGCGUGAUUUGAUAACGCACAUAAACGACGAGCUAGUGCAGGGUUUAAGUCACACCGAGGUCUUGAAGUUGUUGCUGAGUGGCGGCGAUCACGUGACGUUGCGUAGCACGCCUUUGGAGAAUACCAGCAUCAAGACCGGCGGUAGAAAACGGGAUCUCACACAAAGUAAACUGGCGCGUCGGACGUUACACAAGCAACGGAAGCAGAAACGGGAUCACUCGGACAAGAAGCGCAAGACGUCGCUAUUCAAGCGGAUUAGUUCGAAGCGCGCGAGUGUGGAGAUGCAGCAGCCAUUAACUAUCAGUUGUCCAUUGUCAGCACCCAUUUUGCCCAGCGACAGCAAACCUCCACUUAUGAUGGCCGCCGGAAUAUGCUCGCCCUCGAUGGUCACGCCUAGCCGGUCGUUUCAGUCGUUCACCCGCUCGCAGGAGACAUCACCUUACUUCGCGGCAUGCACGAAAUCUGUUUGUAGUCCGUCCCCGCCGACAAAUCGCGCCAGCUCGGACUCUUAUCACUCCACUGGGAAUUCGAGUCCGUGCUCGAGCCCGAACUCCUCGUCACCGGGCUCGAACACUUCGGCGGGAAACCUCAGCGGCAUCUCGAACCAAUCGCACUACCAACGUCCGAGCACGCUGCACGGUUUGAAGCACAAGUUACACACAGCCGCGAAAAACAUCCAUUCGCCGAAUCGCAGGAAGUCCGUGGGCCACAUACCGUUGUCGCCGUUGGCUAGGACACCGAGCCCAUCGCCGAUCCCCGCCAGUCCGACGAGAAGUCCGAGCCCUUUGGCGUUCCCCACAGGUCAUCAACCUGGCAGCUCUAAUACUACACAGUCGUAUAGUCCAGGUGUGUGCUUGUCGACGCCGAACAGCCAGAAGAAAGGAUACGGCCGUCCUAAGUCCGCGGAGCCGGGCUCGCCAUUGCUCCGCCGAGCUCUCAGUCCCGACCGGUUACACCCGCGCUCGGCGGAGAACAAAACGUCGAUAUCGCCGUUGGCGAACACCGUAGUGAAGGUAACACCUCGUGUAACUAUCGCACAAUCGUCCCACAGCGAAACGUCGGACGAAGCCGGUGAUGGUUUCAAGGAGGCCGGUGACACGAAGAGUGAGAAGAAAGUGCCAAGCGAACAGAAAGCGGAUUAUUCCAAACUGACGCACGGUAUAUCCAUUAAUUUAGGGAACGUGAGCAUGUCGAAUUCCUGCGCGGGCACGCAACUGCCGCGUAUAGCCGAGGAGAAGGACUCGCCGACCGGCAGCAAGGGUGACGACUACACAUCGAAGGAGAUUGGUGAGAAGAGCGAGAAGCAGUCGACGAGCGGCAGUCAGUCCGGAGAUGUGGAAAGAGCUGGAAAGAGCGACGCGCGUUGCGACAAUGAACACGCGAUCAUCACAGUCGGCAGCAAGAUGUCGCGUGGCAGCAAGAAAGAAGAGAUUUCAGCAGGUGUUUCAGCGAACACGCAGCAAGCGCACCACGGUACCACCGCGACCUCGCAGAAAAACGUGGAAAACCAGAGACACGGUCAAGCCGGUGAGAAAUCUACCACGUCGUCGACACACAAGGCACACGUGUCCGAGCAGAAAGCUUCUGCCAAAGGCAACGUGGAAACUCACCAGGACGCUAGAAAGUUACUCAAGAAACAUAAGGUUGAGUCCACCGACGGUGCUCACUUGAGUACGCAUGAGAGCAAUGCUCCGCUGGGAAAAGACAAGAAGAGCAAUUAAUUACCGCUGGUAAUGAGAGAGAAGGAAGAACAUCGGCGAGAUAUAUACGUAGCGGAGGAUAGUCAUUUUGAUUAGAUAUCUGUGUGUUAAUCAAACGCGAAAUAUGAGAAGCAAGUCGUUCUUCGCAGAAUUCGAGGCAGAAGGGCUCGUAGGAUAUCUGAUGAUCGUACGAGACGUGAGAGAGAGAGAGGGAGGGAGAGAGAGGGAGAGAGAGAGACUAAUCAAAAGAGGAAGAAAGGAGAAAGAAAGCGGUAGAAAAAGAGGGCAGAUUUUGAAUUUAUAGCUUUAUGAAAUUUCUAUAUUCAAAUCUAUAGGCUUCCGUCAAACAAAUACCUGAAAGCAAUUAAGAUACCUAUAUUUCCGAGAGGUUUUAACUAUUUCCGUAAAAAUGUGAAAUGUUUGUCAUACAAGACGUAUAACGAGACCGCAUAACGAGAACUUUCAAACAGAUAUACAGGCGAGUUCGAGAGAUACGUUAUUUUGAUUGUGUCCAGACGCAUGUUCGUAAAGUUACUAACUCGAAAUCACACGAAACGGCAUAGUUGCUGCAGCAGUGAGACGCGAUUCAAGUGAAGUGAAGUUAUGCUUCGGGCUACAGUAUUUACACGAUCUCAUUUACAUUUAUAUCUAAUAUUAGUGCACACAUACAUACAUACAUACAUACGCCCACACAUACACGAAGGAAAACACAUUCAUGUUCAUAUAUAUAAAUAUAUAGUCGACUUAGUAUUCGAUGGCUCGCAUAUAUCAUCUCGCGUACGGUAUAAUUUUAUAGGAUGUUUAUUUUUCGGAGGGGGGAAAAAUGCGAGAAGAGGGAAUAUACGAUGCUAUUUUGUUGCGAUAAUUUCUAUACAAGAUGAUUCCGUUGCACACUGUCGUGAGAUAAUCGAAAUUGGAGAGGAAAAGAGAGAGAGAGAGAGAGAGAGAGAGAGAGAGAGAGAGAGAGAUAGAGCAGUGAUAUGUGCCGUUACGAGGAGAGAUGCAAUUGGUGUUUGCACAUUCGCAUAACUCAGGUAUCUCGUCGCGUAUAACUGCUUAACGAUAUUACAUCACGUAGGUCAAUUAGAAGUAAUACAGGUACACUUGCACAGCAGAAUCAAACACUUGUCGCCGCGGAAGCAUCUUGCAUAAUUCAAACAAGAUAGAGAUAGCAGAGAUAUAUGAAAAGUUGAAGCUCGGUACAUCGCAAUGCAUUAAAGUUUUAGUAUUAUAUAUACAUACAUACAUAUAUAUAUGUAUGUGUGUAGGUAUGUAUGUACAUAUAUGUAUCAUUAGUUCUGUUAAUUUAUUGUAUAUAGAAAAUAUUGUAUAAUAAUAUGAACGAGUCGCGAGAAUUCUUUUAUCAGAGAAUAUAUUAGCAUUUUGUUAUAUACUUACGUUGUACUUGAUCGGAUUUGAAUUCGCUUUCGCUCGUUAUUGCAUCGACGAAUAAGACAACAAAAGGAAGAAAAUGAAAAACAAAUUUGCUUCAGCACCGAAGAGCAAGGCUUCAUAUACUAGGCUUCAUCUCUGCCAUAGGUACAACUCGUCCGCAUUUACUACAAAUCCAACUGUAUUAUCUUUAAACGCAUAAACGUGUAAUUUGCCUGAAGAGACCCUUUUGCUGUUUUAACACGCGUCAUUUAACACGCUUAAGACGCGCAAAUUAUAAUUACGUUUAAGCAUAUUAAAUGACGAGAACUAGAAGCUAGAAUUAGAAACUAGAACUAAAAACGUACGCAAAAAGACAUCCAAAAUAAUACACUUGGAUUUGCAGUGUAAGGCUAAUAUUACAUGUGUCGUACGACAAGCUUGUCGGCCGCUCUAAUUGGCUGUCGGGUAGUGGAUUUCUGGGGUACUUGGAAAGGAGUUAAGGACUUUAGAAAUCUAUCCAUUAGCCAAUCGUCACGUCCAGCAAUACUUCUCGUACGACGCAUAUAAUAUUAGCCUUACAAGCGAUACUCGAUACCAGUCGUUACUCUGUCAGCACGACUAGGUCAAUCAGCCAAGAAUCGAUCAGCUCGUUUCGAAUCAAUGGUACUCGUACGUGCUGACAUUUGUAAAAUUGCCGUUAUUAAUCAAUAUAAAUGAGCGAUUUAUUUUAUUGAUAAAUUAGCCGUCGCUAACAAAAUCGUAAUUCAGCCAAUAGAACUGCGGAUUUUAUUAACAAUUAUCAUCGAGAUGUAAAAGUGCCGCACAGACUCUAUUCGUUAAUUAAUGGAGACGCGUCGUACCGGUCGAUAUUUGCAGAGGAGUCUGUGUGUGUGUGUGUGUGUGUGUGUGUGUCAAUCGUCAUGGAAUUUAGAAUCGACUUAGUCCAGCUUGGCAAGAGGGUGCGAUGCCAGUUCUCUAUUCGUUAGCCUAUCUUUCUUUGUGGUCCGUCCGGUUAUACAAAUGUUGGCGCGUACUCUGACGAUAUAAUCACUGCUCAUAACGAUAAAGUCUACUCUAAAUGUCCAUGUUGCUCAUUAGUUAAAUAAAACGAUACGUUUUCACCGUGCGAUAUAAUUAAGCUUCUAGGUGUAAGACUAUUAUUAUACGUAAGAAGAAGAAGAGAUUGCGCGGCGGCUUGAAUCACGCGAACUGUCGACACGUCCCGCGACGCGUUUUCUAUCGGAGAUUCUUCACGCGGGAUCUGUGCUUCUAAAUUUCCUCCUCAUAUCGUCCACAUGUAUACACACACGCGCGCGCGCGCGCGCGCGCGCUUGUGCGUACGAGUCUCGUUGCAUUUGAAAAAGCGGGUACAAAUAAUAACCCCCGAUUCUGAAGUGAAGAAUUCACAAGUCACGAGACUCCUCACAAUUUCUCUCCCGUUCGAGCGAUAGGCGCGAUUGGAUUCUGAGUGUGUAUCUGAGAAAUCUCUUCGUAUCAUUUCACGAUGAGCCGUGCUAAUCGAACUGAUGUAUCAAGCGAGACAUUAAUCGAAGGGAUGAUGUUACUUCAAUUCGAGCGAGGCUCUUGUCCGACAAUGGACAUCGCACUUUCGCCUUGCUUGUAUAUCUUCUUUGCGUAUUAUAUACGUUGCUGAAUUACUGAUAUUAUCAUUGACGUCCGAUUUAGUCUUUAAUCGUUACUGCGUAAGUUAUUCAAAUUUCUCGCGAUCAAGAUGCGGCUAAGUUUCCUGAACGUUGCGAGCCAUGUACUAUUUAUCACGGCGAGGGGAGCGAACAAAAAAUGUAUUUUUUUUCUCUAUCUCUCUUCUCGGCCUCCCUUCGCCGAGCGAGCGAAUGACUUUCGUAGAAAAUUUUUAAUUCGUCGUCGAUUGACUCAUUUCCAUUAUUGUUACUGUUUGAGAGAUGGUUUAGCUUCCCCGACGUGUGAUGUUUAAGAGCCCCCGCGGAUUUUUCGGUGAUUCUUGCGUCAAGUAGCGCGAGUAGCGAUUGACGCAAAUGUUGCUCGAUAAAUUGAAAAAGAGAAAAAUACAUAGGUGUACUCGACCUAAAUAUAAAUCAUACUUCAUACUGUGUCGUACGUAGUGCGCCGUGAUACGAUUAGACGAUUUUCUUGGGAUGACAUGAUCGUCGUAAUCAGGAAGCUAAGUCCUAAGAUUUAAAGGAAUGUUGAAUGUUUCCGCGUAUUAAGUCUCGCGUAAUGAUAUGGAGUAAUUAAUGUUAUUCGUAGGUUGUCGUAUGGUAGCGUGUAUGAGUUGUACAUUAUUAUUAUAUCAUAGAUGAAAUUAUUGUUAUUUUUUUUUCAAAUUGAUAGAGAGAGAGAAAAUGAGUAAGAGCUGUUUUUAUUGUCAUGCUUAGGUACGUAAGCGAUAUCACUGAUCGAUAAUGAUAGACGCUCAACGUAACAAGCUAUAAGGAUGAUACGUUCUCUGAAAUGAUGCCGGGUCGAAUCUUCAGCGAAACGACAGGUUGUUUUGUCGCAAAACGGAGGAGGAACUAGUGCGGGCGAGAGAGAAAAGUGCACGUGCGAGGCGAGUAGCCGAUUGCGUUACGUCGAGAUUCUAUCGUCUACCGAGACAGGGUAAAGGAUAUGCCUCUGAUUUUUAGUAUUGUACACGAAUUUGUUUUCGUAGAGCCAAUCGUAUAGAUUGGACAUUAAGAACGCACAUUAAGAAAGCGUGUCAUCAUAAUUGUCGUGGGCGACGCGAGUGUGUGUGAAGACGAAUUGGAAUUGUGUGUUUGUGUGUGAGAAAGAGAGAGAGAGAGAAAGAGAAACUUCUCUCGAGCGUUGAAUGAGUUUGCGGAGGAAACGAGAGAGACGUGCGUCCGGUUUUGUUGAGAAUUUGAAGGGUUCGGUUCAAGAAUGAGAUAAGUCCAUGAUUGAUCUGUUGAGAGAAAAAGAGAGAGAGAAAGAGGUCCAUUUCGUGCUUGAAUGAAAUGGAUGAGCGAUUAGAUGAUUGUGUACUUAUUUUCAUUCUCGCAUUGAAGCUUCCGAUACUGUUUUGUUACCUUUUACUGUCGGUUGUGAUUUUAUAGUUGGAGAAAAAGGAAAGAGCGUGCUAGCGAAUGAAUGAACGAACGAACGAACAAUGUAUUGCUGUAUCUACAAAAGCGGUUACUUUUCCUUUCUUUUCUCUUCCCUUUCUUCUUGUCACACGCAACGCAGCGCAGAUUUUUCCCGAAAGUCAGAAUAUUCGGCGCGCGUAUUCGGCAGCUUGAAACGAAGCGUCGGCCACAUGUGCGUAUUUUCCUUUGUAUCACUACGAAAGCAAACGAGAUUGUACUUGAGUGUGAUUGUAACAAGAUUCGAAUUUGUAUAAAUGCCAAUGAUAUGCCUCGAA